AUGGCGAUUGUUGAAGAUUUUGAAACCACUAUCAAGAUAAUUGUGGUGGGAAAUGGUGGAGUGGGAAAGUCCAGCAUGAUCAGAAGGUUCUGCAAAGGAGAAUACACGGAUACUUACAAGAAGACGAUUGGAGUUGACUUCCUCGAGAAAGAGAAAUACAUCGACAGUGUAGCGCAGAACAUUACAUUCAUGGUGUGGGAUACAGCAGGACAAGAAGAGUUCGACGCCAUCACUCGAUCGUAUUACCGCAACGCCAACGGGUGCGUGGUGGCUUUCUCGACGGUGGAUAGAGACAGCUUUGAGGCUGUGGAGAAAUGGAAGUCAAAGGUUGAAGCAGAGGUCGGCCAGAUCCCAAUGGUGUUGGUCCAGAACAAAGUGGACUUGAUCGAUCAAUCAGUUGUUAGCCCGGAGGAAGUCGAGAACCUGUCGAAGAAGCUCAAGCUCAAGUUGUACAGAACAUGCGUCAGUGAAAACUUGAAUGUUGACAAAGUCUUCGAAUACCUUGGUGAACAGUAUGUGAAGAAUGAGCAGAACGGCGGUGAAAGCGGCCUUGCCAGUAUUGAGGAGAUGUCUACCAACAAGGCAAAUACGAGCACGAGUGCAAGUGCGAGUUCCAAACCCGUGAAAGCAAACACUGACAGCAAGAAGACGGAGACGGUUGAGAAAGUGAAUGAGAGUGUCAAGGAGAAAGAGAGACAGAGGAAAGCAGACAAAAAGGAUGUGAUUCAAAUCCACGACAUCAAACAACGAACGGGAGGCAAGAAGAAGCGAUUUUGUUCUAUUCUUUGA